GCUCGGCGUACCUUCUUCACCGACGCCCUGCCUACCGUGCUCAUACCGCCAACCAUGUUCCUCAUGUGCUUCGUGGGUCUGUGGUCCUACAAAAUCCUCAUGACCAUCGUGUUCCAAGAAAAGCUCAUCUAUCUUCCCUAUCUGCCUCCAUUUGCACGCUCGGAAAAGAUUGACGAGUAUGCAAAAGAGUGCAAGCCCGUGGAAUGGGAAGAGAAAAGAAUCCGCUCACUGGAUGGGACCAGGAUCUCCCUUUGUGUCGGCCGAAUCCCGCAAGGCACACCUCAUGGAGAUGACGUAAAUCAAAACCGAAGACAUGUUGUUCUCGUGUACUUCCAGGGUAAUGGAGCAUCUCUCCCACCGCGGUUGCCCGCUUUGUCUGGUGUGUUGAGGACGCUUGCUCGCGGUGCGGGUGCAGACGCUCCGGAAUACACCAUCGUUGCCCUGUCCUACCGUGGGUUCUGGACGUCGAAAGGCAAGGCGUCAGAGAAAGGCAUUCAACUGGACGCCCGAGCUGCAUUGGCAUGGGUAGAAGAAACAUAUCACAACCAUCCGGACACCCGGAUGAUCCUUUGGGGCCAGAGCCUUGGAGCAGGCGUCGCAGCUAACCUCGCAGCGCAUCAUCUCGAACUGGCACAGCAAUCGAUUCUUUCCAAGACUAACAGGGCCAUCAGCGGCGUCAUCCUUGAGACACCUUUCAUCAGCAUCAAAGAAAUGCUUCUCUCUUUGUAUCCGCAAAAGUGGCUGCCAUAUCGCUACCUAUGGCCCUUUCUCCGGAACCACUGGGACAAUGACGCCGCACUGAAGAGCAUCGCGACAAAGGACGGCGGAAAGCGCUUCCCGAUUAUGAUCAUGCAGGCGGCCGAAGACGAAGUCGUCCCGAUGGGCCAAGCGGACCAUUUGCAGCACCUUUGUCAAGAGCUGCAGCUCGAUGUGAGACGCCGGGACGUGCCCGGUGCGUUGCAUAUGGAUACGACGACGAAACAGUCUGGACGGGACGCCAUUGUGGGCUUUGUCAAAGAGGUUGAAGAAAAGAGGUGA